AUGCUGCCACAUAAUCAAAUAGAGUAAGGAAAUGAAUUUAGAACAAGACGUAUGAUCCACAAUACAUUCAUAUAGGAAUAAAGUUUCUUAUUUUCUUGAGCAUCUCAGCUAUGAUCAUGUACUCGGUAACUUAUACUGAAGAUUCAGGUGUUCAUCAAAAUAGUCUAAAUUAGUGCCUAAAUGUAUCUGAUGAUAUAGAAAUACUUAAUUACAUUUGUAUGUAUAAUAUUGAUUAUAGAAAAUUCAACUAAUAAAACUUCAGCUGAAUGCUAUUUAUACUAAUUUUUUUCAUUUUUUUCUGAAAGACAUUUUAAAGGAUUAUUUAAUAGAACUUAUACACAUUUCCAUGUUUAUUAGUACAGUUAAUUAAAGCCAGAAUUUAAUAUAAGUGUAUUAUUUUCUUCAAGUCCAUACCUUGAUGAUCCAUAAUAGUAAUUUUAAUUUUAUCUUAAUGUUGCUGAAUAUGUAAAAACUUUAAAUACACCCUUAAUUUUAAAGAUAAAAAACAAUGAUACAAGUGGUAUUAAUCAAAAUUAUAAAUGAUAGGUUGUUAAAAUGAAUUAACAAUGGAAUUAAAGAAUAUCACAAACAAUAUGAAUAUAAGUUUUGCUGAAUAAUUAAUUAUGGAUGUAAGAGUAGAUACAGAAUGUCAAAAUCUUCAUUAAAUCUUUUUAGGUGAAGUAAAAGAUAAUACAGAUGAGGUUGAAGGUUAAGUGAUAAUUUAUUCAUUUUUGAAUAGUAUCGUUUGUUUGUGUUGUAUGAUUUAUGGAUUAAGAAUACUUAGAGCUCUUAUUGAAGGUUUAGAUAAUCCUGAAGAAUAUAGUAUGUUUUCUAUAGGUUUUGUAAUGGUUCAAGAUUUAUUCUUAUGCUUUUUGAAUUUCUUUUAAGCUAUGCAAUCAGAAUAUUUAUUUUAAUAUUUUAUAACUCCUUCAUUUCUUUAAUUUUUACUGUUUUCAAUAUUUGAAAUGAGAAUAUUAAUGAUAAUAUGGAAAAGUAGAGUUAGAAAUGAUUAAAGCCUUAGAAAUUAAAUGAUUAAAUUUUAUUCAAUUUUGUACAUUUGUAUGUUUACAAGUAUGUACUUAAUUUAUGAAUACAUUUUAUCAGCAUGGCUCUUAUUUAUUAUAAGUUUAUAUGCAGUUCCAUAAAUAAUUCAUGCUGCUUAAAGAGGUUAAUUUGUAAGAUUUAAUUUUAAAUUUAUUUGUGGAUUCUUAUUUCCAAGAUUGCUUUAUUAUAUUUACUUUAGAAUGUAUUGGAACAAUCUGUUUUCUUUAAAACCAAUGCCAUUAUCACUUAUUUGCAUAUUUGUAUGUGUAGCAAUAUAGAUUGGAGUACAUGUAUUAUAAAAUGAAUGGGGACCUUAAUUUUUUUUACCUAAAGUUUGUUUCCCAUAAAAAUAUAAUUAUUAUUAUAAAAUACCAACUUCAUUUGAUCUAGAAGAAGGACCUUCCUCAGAAUAUGCAGUAAGAUUAUUUAUAGUUAUUAAAUUAGCAUUUAUUUAAUGAAGAAUGUUCUAUUUGUAUGGGGGCUCUUCAUUAAGUUCCUGCAGUAAGACUAACAAAGGAAGAAGAAAGAAAUUAUAUGAUAAAGGAAGCAAUGAAAAAAUAAUAAAAUCAUUAUAUGAAAACUCCAUGCGUAUUAAGAAAUUUUAUUAUUAAAGGACCAUAAAUUUCAUGUACUCUGUCUAGUCAAAUGGAUGUCAAUCAAAUUAUCAUGUCCUAGUUGUAGAUAAUAAUUGUCACCUUUAUGA